AUGCUUUACAUGAAAUCUGAUGCAGUUGUUGUUCACAUUUCCCAUCAGAUAUGUUGCUUUGAACAUGCUGAUGAGAGCUAUCAGCAUCGAUUCACAAGCAGUGCAGAGGCAUCGGGCUACAAUCUUGGAAUGUGUAAAGCUUAUGCCUGGAUUAUUGAUUUUCAGGAUUUAGAUCCUUCUAUUCGUAAAAGGGCUCUUGAACUUGUAUAUCUUCUUGUAAAUGAAACCAAUGCAAAAUCUUUGACAAAAGAGCUCAUCGGAUAUCUGAGAGUAAGUGAUCAGGAGUUCAAAGGAGAUCUUACUGCUAAAAUUUUCUCCAUUGUUGAAAAGUUUGCUACUGAAAAAAUUUGGUAUAUUGAUCAGAUGCUAAUGGUUCUUUCUGAGGCAGGAAACUUUGUGAAGGAUGACGUAUGGCAUUCCCUUAUUGUGGUGAUAAGCAAUGCAUCUGACUUACAUGGAUAUACAGUACGGUCUCUAUAUAGAGCAAUCCAAACAUCAGCUGAACAGGAAAGUCUUGUUCAAGUGGCGGUUUGGUGCAUAGGAGAAUAUGGUGAAAUGCUGGUUGAUAAUGUUGGAAUGCUUGAUAUAGAGGAACCAAGAACCGUAAGUUUGCUUUGCAAAAUUUUCAUGAUUUAG